AAUCCUCAAUUUUUGACAUAACCACGUGAAAAUCAACAUAACCUCAAUUUAAAACUUGUAAAUAAAACCUUGUGAUAAUGGGAAAACGCAAGAAUAAAGUUGGUCGUUGUGUAAAAAGAAAUAAAAAUGUGCUCACCGAACCGGAAGAAUUUGUGCAAGCGCCCCAUUCGUUCGUUAUCCACAAAGGUUUACCAGGGGGCCACAUUCUGGAGUUAACUAAGGAUUUCCGAAAGGUUAUGGAACCAUUUACUGCUACUUCCUUAAAGGAAAGGAAGAAAAAUACAAUAAAAGAUUUCGUUUCCGUUGCCGGAAUGUUACAUGUAACUCACAUGUGCAUUUUUUCAAACACCGAUAUUGGAAUGUAUUUAAAAAUAGCGAGAUUUCCCCGUGGACCAACUCUAACGUUUAAAAUUUGUAACUUUUCUUUAUCUCGAGAUGUUGUUUCAUCAUUAAAAAAACAAAAUGUUGUUGAACAAGCAUUCAAACAUUCGCCAUUAAUUGUUAUGAACAGCUUUAGUGGGGAAGGGGUUCAAAUGAAAUUAAUGGCUUCGAUGUUUCAAAAUAUGUUUCCAACUAUAAAUUUAACGAAAGUUGAUUUAAAUACAGUUCGACGAUGCGUUUUAUUAAAUUAUAACCCAACCACAAAACAAAUCGAUUUUAGACAUUAUAAUAUCAAAUUAACCCCCGUUGGGGUCUCAAAAGGGGUCAAAAAAGUUGUCACUGGAAAAAUACCAAAUUUAGCUAAAUGUGACGAUAUCGAAGAUUUUUUAACAAAAGGUGGGAUUGUAUCCGAAAGUGAAUUCGAAGAUGACCCAAACUUACACGUGACAUUAAAUCAAAAAAUUAUCGCUCGAGGAAACGUAGAAGAAGGAAAAUCUGCUAUAAGACUCACAGAGCUUGGCCCACGAUUAACAUUACAAUUAAUUAAAAUAGAAGAUGCUUUAUUUGACGGAGAAGUAUUGUAUCAUGAUUUAAUUUCAAAGACGGAAGAUGAAAAAGAAGAAAUAAGAAAGAAACGGGAGGCGAGGAAAAAAUUAAAAGCGAAACGUAAAAGGAUUCAAGAAGAUAAUAAAAAGAAAAAAGAACAAGCCAAGUUAGAUAACAAAGAAAAAUCUCUUAAAGGCAUGCAAAAAAAUCAAGAAAAAACUGAAAAUGAAGCGGAGAAAAACGACGAGGAUGAUGAUGCUGAAUAUUAUAGGCAAGAAGUCGGGGAAGAACCUGAUAAAGAUAUGUUUAAAACUGGCGUUAAAAGACCAUUCCAAAAAACUUUUAAUAAAAAGGAUAAAGCUAAAAAGGUUAAGUUUAAUGACAAAGAAGAUAAAAAAGAAUUUAAUCCAAAUAUUAAAGGGAGGGCUUUUAAAGUUAAAAAGAAAUUGGUACAACGAAAAGGGACAAAGAAUUUGAUGAAUAGGGAUAAAAGACCUGUUGGAAUAUUAAAAAAUAGGAAAUAAAUUUAAUAAAUUUUACCAUCAUUAUGUUUCUUACCUUACACAACCUACCAGAAUAAAUUAAUUAUAGUGGCAGUUACUAAAUGGAUAUUUCGUGUGGCAAGUUAAGGAGAGUACACAAUAGGAGAAUCACACAAUUAAUGAUAA